AUGGCUAAAUCCGCGCUAGUAAAGCCAAAGUACGAGUUUGGCGGGCCAUUAGGUGCCACUGCCAUCGUUUUGGGUCUGCCGGCUCUGCUGUAUGCCUUCUUCUUCACUUGCAAUGACAUGACUGGCUGUCCUGCACCCGCACUAUUAAGCCCGCAAACGCUCUCAUGGGAGGUGCUCAAAUCCCAGGUUCCGUGGCCGGAAAAUGGCCUCGCCGGCUUCGCAAGCUGGAAAGCAACCGGCUGGAUGCUGGCCUACUAUCUUCUCAGUCUGCUCCUCUACCGCGUGCUCCCGGCCACCGAGGUAUACGGCACCAAGUUGAGAGAGUCGGGCCGACCCCUGAAAUAUCGGUUCAACGACUUUGCCGUCUGGACUUUUAUCGACAGCAACUACCUGCAGCUACUGACAGCCAGCAUCAUGCUUGCGUACGCUAUCUCGGCUUUUGUGUACAUUAAAAGCUUUACCGUCAAGCCAGGCAACAAGCAUCUACGAGAACUAGCUCAAGGGGGGCGCACUGGAAGCGUCAUCUACGACUUCUAUAUUGGCCGCGAACUGAACCCCCGCGUCACCCUCCCCUUCUUUGGCGAGAUUGACUUAAAGGCGUGGCUUGAAAUGCGACCCGGCCUGACGGGAUGGGCUCUUCUCGACCUAGCCUUUGUCGCGAAGCAGUACCGCAACUACGGAUCCCUUUCCAACAGCAUUCUGUUCAUCACGGCGGUGCAGAUGUACUAUGUCCUUGAGGGGCAAUAUGCCGAGACGGGCCUGCUCGGGAUGAUGGACAUUACCACGGAUGGGCUGGGGUUCAUGCUAACCUUUGGAGACAUCGCCUGGGUGCCCUUCUUGUACUCGACGCAAUGCCGGUACCUGUCCAUGCACCCCGUCGACCUGGGCGCGGCGGAAAUCGCAGCAGUCGGCGCCGCCUUUGCCAUUGGCCUGUUCAUCUUCCGCUCGGCCAACAACCAAAAGGCCCUCUUUCGACGGUCCCCAGACGACCCGCGAGUGGCGCGCAUGUCGUACAUACAGACCAAGCGCGGCACUCGCCUUCUCACGUCUGGCUGGUGGGGUGUGGCGCGCCACAUCAACUACUUUGGCGACUGGUUGCAAGCCUCUCCAUUCACGCUGCCCACGGGCAUCGCUGGCUAUUUGGUGUUGCCUGCCGGCAGUGCCGUGGCCAACGCCGGCGCGGGAGGCUCUGCCAUGGCGGACGGCCGAGAGGUGACGCAGGGGGCGGCGCGGGGAUGGGGGAUGGUGUACACGUACUUGUACGCGCUGUACUUUGCCGUCUUGCUUGUCCACCGCGAGCGCCGAGACGAUGCGGCAUGCGGCGAGAAGUACGGCGCUGACUGGGACAAGUACAAGAAGCAGGUCAAGUGGCGGAUCGUGCCGGGCGUGUACUGA